CCGCCGCCGCCGUCCGCGGACCAUGGACGGCAUCGAGGGGCUCCUGGCGCGGGACUUCGGCGUGCGGCGUCAGGGCAAGGACGCGCCCAUGGCCGCCUCCCGUGGCGCUGGAUCCGCCUGGCCCAACCCCAGAUCCACCCCCGCCCCGUCCUACGACGGCCUCUUCGCCGCGCCCGGACCCGCACCGCCGCCCUCCGCCUCCGCCUCUGAUCCCUCCCUCGACUCGAUCUUCGACUCCUUCAAGGGCACCUCCUCCUCCUCGACGUCGACCAAGCCGGCCUUCGACGACGACUUCUUCAACCCGACCAGCGGGCUGAGGCCAUCCACCUCCUCCACCGCGCGCUACGACGCCGAAGACGUGUUCGGGACAGGGGCGGCCCCCGCGUUCGAUGACGUAUUCACGGCCAGCAGCAACCGCUCGGCGCCGCCUUCCUACGACGACUUCCUCGGCGGGUUCGGCGAGAAGCCGCGAGCGCAGGAGACGAAGAGGUCGGCGGUCGUCGAGGACGACGACCUGCUGGCGGGGUUCGGAAUGAAGCCGGCCGGGGAGAAUAAGAAGAAGCCAGUGAUGGAAGAGGAGGCCCCGUUCGAUGAUCUGAUCCCCGGAUUCCCCAGAAGCAGCCCGCCAAAGAGUAGGAACACUAAUGAUGAUAACACCAAGAAGCAAUCAGUUUCAACUUCAAAAUCAACAGCCAGCAUGGUUGAUGAUCCAUUUGUUGUUCUAGAAGGAGAGUCUGCUUCAGGCUCCACAUAUCCAUCCCCGGGCGGUUUCACAGAUCCAUUGGAAGAUCUAAAUAAGCCUGUAAAGACUGAAGGAAAGAAUUUUGAUAGUACUGCUGAUGAUGAUAAUCUAUUUGAGGAGUCCAGUACUUUUGACCAGGUCCCAAAAUCAUAUCCUUCGUUCUCCUCUGAAAGCAAUGGUGAUACCAAUCUACAAAGCAAAUCCCGAGACUCGAGGCCUGUGCAAAGCUCAGCGAAGAGGAAUCCUGGAAGCAGAUCUUCAUUGGAGGACUUCGAAAACGGCAUGCACAAAUCGCAGUCUGCAAGGUACUCUGAUAUUCAUGUUGAUGACAGUUCAGAGAGAUACAGUGGCAAUGGUAUGGGUGACCAGUCACCGGUAUCUACUGAAUCUGAAGACGAUAUAUGGCUUACGGUUUCUGAGAUCCCCCUCUUCACACGGCCAACUAGUGCUCCUCCACCUUCCAGAUCACCUCCUCUUCUUAGACAAAAACCUCGGGCUGCAAAAGCAAAUGGAAAGAAUGAUGAGUCUGCGCAGCAGUCUGGCCAAAAGCGCAACCACUACAAAUAUUCGCCAGAGCAAGCAGAUAUUUCUUCAAUAGAUGAAUCAGAGGGUGUUGCCGUGGGCAAGCCACAAAGGCCUGUUCAUUAUGACACCAAUGCUUUUGAAGAGGACGAAGAGUAUGGUACAAAUUCUUCAGCUCGUGAAGAGAGAGAAAGCCAGGAAAGGUUGGAACAAGCACAAGAAAUGAGACUAAGGGAGGAACAGAGAAGACGUGAAAAGGAGAGGGAAUUGGAACAGGAGAGAGAGAAACAAGCUGUUGAGAGGGCUACAAAGGAGGCACGGGAGAGAGCAGCUGCUGAAGCUCGUGCAAAAGCUGAAAGGGAUGCCCGCCAACGCUCACAGCGUGCUGCUGUGCAGAGGGCUCAUCAGGAAGCCCGUGAGAGGGCUGCAGCUGAGGCUAAAGACAGAGUUGCAAGGGCCGCUGCAGAAGAAAGGGAGAAGGCUACUGCUGAAGCCAAGGAAAGGGAGCGAGCUGCGGCUAGGGAGAGGGCAGCUGCUGAAGCCAAGGAAAGGGAGAGGACUGCUGCUAGGGAGAGGGCUACAGCAGAAAGAGCUGCGACAGAGAGAGUUCAGCAAGAAGCAAGGAAGCGAGCUGAGCGAGCUGCAGUAGAAAGAGCUGCUGCCGAGGCUCGACAAAGGCAUGCAGCAGCAGCUGCUGCUGCGGCUGCAAAAGAAAAACAGAGUACACCAGAUGACCUCGACUCUUUCUUCAGUAAUAGUGCACCAAAGCAGAGGACACCAACAGCGGAAUCAAUGUUUGAUCCUCAACCACAAGGUACAGGAACAGCUAAUGGAUCACAGAGACCAGCUUCUACCUCAGCAUCUACGAGAAAAGCAAACACACCAUCAGCCACAAAUAUGUUUGGCAAUGGUCUAUCUGACCUAUUUGAAUUUGAACCACGUUCAUCAUCUGACGUAUUUCAAGAUGUUGAGGGAGAGAGUGAAGAAAGAAGACGUGCUAGAUUAGAACGUCACCAGAGGACCCGUGAACGAGCGGCGAAAGCUUUGGCAGAGAAGAAUGAACGAGAUAUGCAGGUUCAGAGGGAACAAGCAGAAAGAGAUAGGAUUGGUGACUCGUUAGACUUUGAAAUUAAGAGGUGGGCCGCUGGAAAAGAGGGCAACUUACGUGCUUUAUUAUCAACUCUGCAAUAUAUACUUUGGCCAGAAUGUGGGUGGCAAGCUGUCUCCUUGACAGAUUUGAUUACUGGUGCUGCUGUUAAAAAGCAGUACAGAAGGGCGACCUUAUGCAUCCAUCCUGAUAAGGUGCAACAGAAGGGUGCAACUCUUCAACAGAAAUAUAUCGCUGAGAAGGUCUUUGAUAUGCUUAAGGAGGCAUGGAACAAAUUUAAUUCUGAAGAGCUCUUCUAAGCCGUUCCUGUGAAUAUACAGCCAGCUUUUAGUUGUACCCACAUGAAGCACUGGAGGAUCAAGACGGGAGAAUCGGUGAUGGCGUGAUUUAUUAGGAUGAUUUUUACAGCGUAUUAUACAUUGGAGGGCCAAUAUUACAUGUAUCUCUUCCAUACCAUUCGUUUAUAAUCAGACCACAGAAGUCGAAAACACAGUUCAUGCUUUACUUGAUCUUGUGAAGAACAGAUGUACAAUUUUGCUUUGCCCCAUCAUUAUCUCACUCUUGUAAAUUGUACAGCUUGUACAUUAAUCUGGAACAUGAUUUGGAAUACUUUGCUAUUUGAGUUUCCCCCA